AUGAGCAGUGCAUUUGUGACCCUAACCGAGGUGCUGGAAGCCAGAGGAGGACCGCUGGAAGAGGACGAGGUGUGGUCCUUAUUGCUGGGCUCAGCAGAAUCUCUCAUGGAUCUUUCCUACAAAGGUCACAAUAUCUGCAACAUUAUAACUCCUGCAUCACUGCUCUUGUCAGCAACUGGAACGCUGGCUUUUAAGAACUGUGCAAUGACAGAUGAGGUGGGUGCCUUCACAGCCCCAGAAAUGCUGCAAGGCCGUACCGCCUCCACCAAGCUAGCUAUGGAGAAGAUAAUUGUGUAUUCUCUCGGUAUGACUCUCUACUGGUCAGUUGACUAUCACCUCCCUCAAAACCAGCCUAUUCAGCUAAGUGAUUCUCUGAAUUGCCUUCUCCUGAGCAUGUGUGAGGACAUGGCCCAUCGGCGAGCAAACUUCAACUCAAUCUUGGAGGUGUGUGAAUCACACCACAAAGCUUCUCUCCUGCCUCCUCCCAACAAGGUCAUCAAACAGCUAGUCGAAGAUGUCUUCCAAGACUCUGUGGACCGAGCUGCUUUAACUGAGAACGUUGUGCAAUUGAGUGGCAAAAGUCAGAUGGUCAGAGAAAGACUUCAUGGUAAGCGUGGACCAUAUACUGGUUAUACAGAGGGGAGCAGAGCUUCAGGAGACACUCUCAAACUUUCUCUGGACUCUGAGGCAAAGCAAGGAGUUUCCCAUCAACAUAAAACCUGGUCUCUUAGAAGUAGACCUAGUCAGACUCCGGCCUAUCAGGACAUCUCAAACAGAAAUUCUCAGGGGCUUCAUCACAGACAAAGCACAAGUUGCUGGCUGCCGCGGAGUACGUACCUAAACGUUCCCAACAAGGGUGAAACCAGGCCUUCCAGUCCCUCUAUUAUUGUCAGCGAGUCUUCAGUCAGCCUCUCCCAAAGGAAAGCUAUGAGUCUAGGACCUGAGUUUACCAGAAUGGCUGAUGAACCUCAGAUCGUUUUAGAGCUGCCUGGAUCUAUAGUGUCGAAGAAAGGCAAGUCAGGCUUGUCUCAAAGGGAAGUUAAUGUGAUCAUGCCAAACGAGCAGUGUUUGUCAGUGAAAUGUGACAUCAAGUCACGUGGGAGAGAUGUCUUCGACAUGGUUGUGGCUCACGCUAACCUUGUGGAGCACUUCUACUUUGGCCUUGCUUUCAUUGAUGAUGGUGAAUAUUUCUUUUUGGACAAUGAGACAAAAAUAUCCAAAGUUGCCCCAGAUUCCUGGAAGAAAGUGACUUGCGCAACAUUUACCAUUUUUCUCCGUGUCAAAUUCUUCCCUGAUGACAUAUCCUACAUAUUGCAUCGACUUACACGUCACCAAUACUAUCUCCAAUUGAGGAGAGACAUUCUUGAGGACAGAGUGUACUGUAAUGAAGAAACAACAUUGUUUCUGGCAGCGCUAGCACUGCAGGCUGAGUUUGGAGACUACAUGCCUGAAGUUUAUGGGAAGAACUAUUUCCAGAUGGAGCAGUACAUCUCUAAGAGAAUCAUAGAGAAAGUGGCCUUGCCAUGUUUAAGAGAGGACUUGCCAAGGUUACAUGCCAGUAAUGCCCAAAUGCUUCCAGAGGAGGCUGAGAUGGAGUUCUUAAAGAUUGCACAACAGCUACCAGAGUAUGGGGUGCUGUUUCACAGAGUUGCCCGGGAAAGGAAGCCUGUUAUUGGAGAGCUGAUUUUGGGAAUAUGUUCCAAAGGAAUUCUGGUUUAUGAGGUCAAGAGCAAUUCUCGGAUAUUAAGCCACAGAUUUCAUUGGUCAGAGACGGACUGUCUCUCAACAAGUAGACGAAAAUUCACAAUUGAGUGCAGCCCGAGUGGGAAGAAGCACUCGUUUGUGACAGAGAGCUCAAAGAUCGCACAAUACCUGCUGAACCUCUGCUCAGCCCAGCACAAGUUUCAUAGUGAGAUGACCUCUCGUCAACUAAACUACUGUUUAGCUUCAGAUGAAAACAUAGCAAAAUAUUCGUCAAUAUACCGUACUCGACACGAACAGACGAAGAGGCUGUCAUGCUCUGAGAUUGUGCUCAAUAAUGUUGGUUUGAAUGCAUUACAAAAUGACUUCAUGAGCAAGUCCUGUGAUGACCUGUCAUUAAAGAUUGGUGUUCGGAUACAACAGCAGAAUGAAAAAAAUUACAUUCCUGAAACGAGAGCUCUGACUGAACUGAAAGACCAUAGCCAAAGCUGCAGCCCACUGGAAACUUUCAGUUCACCAAUUUACCGGAUAAUGUCCAAUGUCUCUUUGCAAAUGCAGGACUCAGAGGUUCAUUCCACUACAUCAUCUAUAAGAGACACUCCCACAAGAACAAGCCCGGAAAGAGAAAUAAUUUGUGUUUCUCUGAAAAAAGAUCCCAAGCUUGGCUUUGGCUUUGUAAUAGUUGGGGAGGACAACACAGGAAGGUUAGAUCUUGGCAUUUUCAUUGCAUCCAUUGUUCCCGACGGACCAGCUGAAAAGGAUGGCAGAAUCAGACCAGGUGGUCGGUUGAUCUCUCUGAAUAAGAUCAGUCUAGAGGGCAUGAUGUUUAAUACAGCUGCUGCCAUCCUGCAGAACAGCCCAGAUGAAGUGGAGCUCAUUGUUUCUCAACCCAAACAGUCUCUUCAGGACAGUAAGACCUCUCUGGCUACAAGUAAUCUAGGGAUGAUGCUGGAAAAAGGCUUUGACUCCCAAAGCACACUUAAUGCAGAGUACAGGCCUGUCAUGGAGGAACUGGAGGAGACCCUCUCUAAUAUCAUGGCUCCUAAAAUGGGGAAAAAGCUGUAUAUACCUGUGGUGCGGAUUCUGGAUAUUAAGGAUGGGCUCUCCAAUACCUCCUCCAGCUUCAGCCUGAAGCCAGGUGAAGUGAUCAACAUGGAGCUUGAAAAGAUAAAUGGUAGCUUGGGAAUCAGUGUUGCUGGAGGAAUCAACACUAAUGUACGGCAUGGUGGAAUCUACAUAAAAAACAUGAUAUCAGGAGGAGCAGCAGAUCAAGAUGGAAGAAUACAGAUCGGUGACAGGCUGCUGGAGGUAGAUGGCUGUAACCUGCGUGGUGUCACCCACAGGCAGGCGGUCGAGUGCCUGAAGAGGACUGGAGAGGUGGUGAGUCUGGUUCUGGAGAGAGAACCUCCAGUGGUGUUGGACACAUCAAGUGCCUCAUCCACACUGGAGAGACAGAGAUCUUUUUCACCCCUCAGUGUGCAGAGCGCCCCCACCCUCCUUAGGAGAGAUGUGGCCAUGGAAACGCCCUUGUCUGUCAGGGCCAAGGACUUCAGCUUUGUGUCAGAUGAGAACACCUUCGAGGUAACUGUACAGAAGAAUGAAAGUGGUCUGGGGUUCAGUUUCCUCAUAUCUGAGCCAAGUCCUGAUGAGGCCAGCAUGGUGCAUAUUAAGAGCCUCUCUUCUGCUCAGCCUGCAUGGGACUCUGGGCUUCUAAAGGAGGGAGACAUCAUCAUUGCUGUCAAUGGAGAAUCUGUUAGAGGCCUCUCCAAUGAGGAAGUUCUACAUCUUCUCCAGAAUUCUCCAUCUGAGGUCAGGCUGUCAAUUUGCAGACCAUCACAGGAUGAACAUCCAGAUAUUGAGACCUCACUGGGUCUUUCCACACUUCCAACCCGUGAACUGAGAUCCAAGUCUCUAGACCUGCAAGCGAGGUCUGUUGCUCCAGACUUCAAACAUUUCCUCAAGAAGAGGGCAAUGGAGAUGGGUUUAGAGAAAGAAGGUUCCCCGGAGAAAACCCAGGAGAUCCCCCUGACCCAACAGAGCCAAGACAGGGAUCUGGUGGAUGAUACUACAUCAAGCCCUUCAUCUUCACCUUCACUUCCAUCCUCCAUUGAAGCUGAGCAACCCAAACUUCAUGCCAUGGUGGAGGAGGAGCAUAAGUUCAAAGCCCCACCCCCAACUCCAUGCACUCUUAAAGUGACAACUGCCAACACCACACGAAGUCCAGAAGCCCCUGAAGCAGCAAUUACAAGCCAUAAGCAAGAAUCAAAUGAUGAUAGCAUCUCAAGAAGCAACCAUAGCUCAGUUUAUGCUAGUCAUUCCAGUGAAGGUAUGAAUGGGAGCGCUUCAGUUUUCACAGCUAAUGGGCUGACUGUCAUAGCUGAUGAAGAAUACUUGACCAUCGCUGCCAUGGCAGCUGUCUCCAGUAAUCUGCCUCCUCCGCCCAACCUUUCUCAAUCAACGUUGAGCACACCUCCACCCUACCAUGAAGUACCUCAGUCAGCAUCCCCACCAGAACCUCCGCCUCCUGCCCAGUCCUCUGCCCCUUCAACCAGCAACAAUGGCUGGGACGAUGAAGAGGAGGAGGACGAAGAUCCCCAAAAGGACAUGUUGAAGGAGUUUGAAUUGACUGUCUCACUCUCCAAAUCAUGGUGUGGCAGCUUUGGUUUUACAAUAACCAGGAGUAAACUGGACAAUUGCUAUUAUAUCCAAGAUGUACUGGAUAAUCCAGCCAAAGCAGAUGGAAGACUGAGAGCAGGAGACAGACUUGUCAUAGUGAAUGGUCAAAAUGUGACUAAUGUCACAGAUGACGUGGUUAUUGGCAUUCUAAGGUGCUCCUCCAAAAGACUUCAUAUGGUGCUGGGCAGAGCUGUGCAAAAUCUACUGCCCCCACCGCCUCCUGACACAUUCCAAGACAUAGUUAUACCCAAGACUCCAUCAGGACAGUUGGGUAUCAAGCUCACAGGAGGCAUUGGUAGCAAGUGGCAGGGAAUAUAUGUCCUAGAGGUGGUUCCAAACUCACCUGCUAGUGAGGAGGGCAGCAUCCAGCCCAAUGACAAGAUUGUUUACAUCUGUGGGAAGUGCACCCUGGGAAUGACACUGGAGGAUGCAGUGAAAGUAUGUGAGAGUGCCCCACGCAAAGUCAGAUUCAAAGCCAUGAGAGAUGAUCAACCAGUAACACCUAAAGAUAAAUGGAAUGGUUUCUUUGAAUGGAAGAAGGAGAAAAAGCUGUUCCCUCGCCUGGAAGAGCCCAGCUCACCUGAUGUGGAGGCAGCUCCUGCGGAUGUUAAACCUGUUCCUGAGAGUGCCGUACGAUUCAGGAAAAGGCUCUCUGUGACAUCAGAGCAGGAGAGUUGUAUUGUUCAGGUGGAGUUCACCAAGCCAGAGAGGGGUGGGCUGGGCUUUGCUCUGGUGGGUGGAGUCAAUGGGAGCACACUGAGAGUAAAGGAUAUUUGUUGCGGGGGCGUGGCCGAGCAGGAUGGUCGCUUGCGAGUGGGAGACAUACUUUUGGAGGUGAAUGGAAUCAUUGUGUCAGGGCUGAGCCACAGUAAAGUUGUGGAUAUAUUGCGGAAGGCGGAGGGCACGGUUCAGUUGAUCGUAUGUAGGGACAUCCUGCCCAUGUCAACCUGCUCUGGUUCCAGCUCACCUGCAGAGGCCUCUCAAGAAUUCAACACGUCAAAUCGUGCAGCACACACAGACACACACCCUGAUCAUGUGUCUUUCCAGCCUUCAGAAUGUCAUGGUCUCGGGGGGGAAUGUGAGCAGGAAAGUCGAAACAUUACACCUACCUUUCAGAGGUGUUGUCCGUCUCUGGGAGUAACGGACAUGCUACAGGAAAGGACAGACCCACCGAAGCAGCAUCUAGAACACUCCGUCAUGAGCAAAGAGCAUAGCCAAUUAGACGGCUGGAGCAGUGACGAGGAAGAAGAUGGUGAUGAUGAUGAUGAUGAUGAAGACAAUGCUUCUGUGCCAUCACCUCAGGAGACAAGUCCUUGUACAGGUCGACCAAUCGUGUCAGAAGAGGAGCUUGCCAGUCUUGCAGUGAUAUCGCCUUUAAAGAAUGGCCAAUACUCUGGCUCUAGAGUCAAAGCCCUCAUCCAGGCCCUUGAACAGUUAGACAAGCAUGAUCUCAUCAAAGAGUUUAUGGCCUUAGAGCAUUUGAAACUCUCAGACAACUGCCUGGUUGGUAAAGCACCUGAAAACCGUGAGAAGAACAGAUACAGAGAUAUCCUGCCCUAUGAUAAAACGCGUGUUCUUGUUGGUGAGAAUGAGGACUACAUCAAUGCCAGCUACAUUCGUAUGAAGGUGGGUGCAGAGGAGUUCUUCUACAUCUCCGCCCAGGGCCCUUUACCUGGCACCCUGGAUAACUUCUGGCAGAUGGUGUGGGAGAACAAGUCUGAUGUUAUCGCCAUGAUGACUCAGGAAGUGGAACAUGGCCGGGUCAAAUGCCACAAGUACUGGCCCGAGAAGCUCAAUGUUCCCAAAGAAACCAGCCGUUACCAGCUCAUUCUGGAUAACUACCAGAUGCUCGGAUAUUUCCACAUUAAGAUCAUCAAGAUGGUGGAAAAAGAGAGUGGAAACAUUCACUUUGUGAAGCAUCUGAAGUUCACCACGUGGCCUGACCAUGGCACACCCCAGUCCUCGGAGCAGCUGGUGCGAUUUAUUCGCUACAUGAGGGCUGUACAUUCUAAAGGGCCAAUCACGGUACAUUGCAGUGCAGGCAUCGGUCGAGCUGGGGUCCUUAUCUGCACUGAUGUCAUUCUCAGUCUCACUGAGAAAGACCUGAGUAUUAACGUAAGUGACAUAGUAAAGGAGAUGAGACUUCAGCGGCAUGGCAUGAUUCAGACCAAAGAACAGUACCUCUUUUGUUACAAAGUCUGGCUGGAAGUGUUGCAGAGCAUCUCACUUCUUCAUGGUAACCACUAGCAACCACAAACCUCUUCAUUAAAGAAUCCUUAGGCAACAAUAUAUGUAAGGCAACAAUAUAUGUGGUUUGAGUGGCGGAAAUUAUGUGAACUUUUUCUGAUGUUGAUCAUGUGUGUGUGUCUCAUAUAGUAUGACGACUUGUUCCACUAAUCAAGUAUUUCAUUAAAUCAUAAGUAAUAUGUUAGAUAUUUAUAUAACAGUAUGUGUGCAAUAUCCUUGGGAUUUAUAUUUUUGUACCAUUUUUUGGCUUAAAAACACUUAUUUCAUAGCCUUUCUGGACUCUUAGUCAUUUUGCCUUGAAUGUGUGGUAGUUUUGUUUUUAAAGACAAAAUGUAUACAUAUUAGUCACUAAUUCAUGUUGCUUUUAAUUAAUUACACAAAUGUUUGCAGUAUUUCUCAGAUUUUUCACAUUUUGAAGAAUGUAUACUGUAAUUCAGCCUCAAACCAAGUGCAUAAAAUAACAAAAUUAUGCUUUGAACACCUCGUUAUCCAAACUGAAAUGUAUGGUAUUUUGUGGUUUUCUUACAAUAUUGCAUUGUUUAAUUUAAGUACCGGUAGCUGUUAGAGAGGCCACUAGACAGACACUUUAAGAUCAAUUUUAGCAAAGUGCCUUUUCAUUUCUCUAUGUGGACAGCUCACUGCUGAUGUUUCUUUAUCUGGACUAUAUCUGAUUAAAGCAUGCUGUUUUACCUCUUAGUUGACAUUAGUUCAGAGCAAAAGUUAAUCCAAAGAAAAAGGAUUGAUGCUGAGAGAGUACAAGCCACAGCCUUCUUAUCUGUAUGUGUAGCCUUUAAAGGUCUGCCAGCAGGCAAAAUCCCUUGGAAACCAGAAUUGGACAGCAGAGCAAGUAUCUGAAAAAGCUGUUUGCAGGAAACAUCUUCAGUCAUUAGUCCCACAAUAUUAAGCAACAUAUGCGUGAAUGGAUUGACAGUGGCUAUGGACCAAUAUUCUGUGAUAUAUUCUGCAAACCGACAGCACAAUAAUUUGCAGCACAAUAAUGUCUUAAACAAUGUUUAGUGUUGAGCACAUCUGAGCUUUUAAAGAGGAAAAUCCUUCCAUGGAGUUUUAUCACAUUUGUUUAUUAAUUUGCUUUACUUUUCCACAGGCUUUGUGAAAGGGUGAUCAAAUCAUUUUAAUACUGUAUUGUACUACAUUAUAAAUGAUUAACCUUGUACUUUGAUUGAAAGCUCAAGUACUGUAUAAGAUAUGGUUAUGAUCUUAGAUGUUUCAAACAUGUAUUAAUCUAUUAAUGUCCUAAUUUUUACAAAUAAAAAAUUA